UCACGGCCCCCCCCCCGCCCCCCCGGCCCCGGGGCCGCGGCGUGAACCGGUGAGACCCCCCAAAAUAUCCCCAGCAAGCCCCCGGGACCCCCCGGAAUACCCCCCGGGACACGCCGGUACCGGCACGGACCGGCCAGAUCCCCAAAAUCCUCUGGGAAUAACCCCAAAAUCCCUCUCGGGACACGCAGAACAACGCCCCGAGCCCCCCCCCCCCCAAAAAACACCCCCCCGGGAUACCCCGGUGUCGGUGCGGGGCGGUGAGACCCCGAAAAUCGCCCAGAACACACCCCGGGAGCCCCCAAAAUACCGGCGGGGCAGCUCCGGUACCGGGGCCGCUGCGUGGGCCGUGAGAGCGCCCCGAAAUGGCCCCAAAAUGGCCCCGAAUUAGCCCAAAAUGCCGCUCGGGAUCGCCAAAAUCCACCCCGGGUCGCCCCGGUAGCGGCAUGGGCUGUGAGACCCCCAAAAUAAACCCCUGACCCCCCCCCCCCCCCGACACUGGCGCGGACCCCCCGGGGGUCCCCAGAAAGGUGCCUGUGAUGGGGGGAGGGGGGGCUGUGUCCCCUUCCCCACUCUCUGUGCCUCAGUUUCCCCCAUUCUGACCCUGUUUUUCCUCUCCCCACAACCCCCCCCAAAUCCCAUUCCAGGGAGACCCUUGUUCCCCUCCUCACCCUCCGUGCCUCAGUUUACCCCCUCUAACUCCCCCAAAUCACAUUCCAGGGAGUCCCUGUCCCCCUCCCCGCCCUCCGUGCCUCAGUUUCCCUUGCUCUAACCCUAUUUUUCUCCCCCCACAACCCCCCCAAAUACCUCCCCACUCUCCGUGCCUCAGUUUCCCUUGCUCUAAACCCAUUUUUCUCCCCCCCGCAGCCUUUCUAUCACCCCAAAUCCCAUUCCAGAGAGUCCUUGUCCUCCUCCCCGCUCUCUGUGCCUCAGUUUCCCUUGCUCUAACUCCCCCAAAUCCCAUUCCAGGGAGUCCCUGUCCUCCUCCCCGCCCUCGUGCCUCAGUUUCCCUUGCUCUAACCCCAUUUUUCUCCCCCCACAACCCCCCCCAAUCCCUCCCCGCCUUCCGUGCCUCAGUUUCCCUUGCUCUAGACCCAUUUUUCUCCCCCCACAACCCCCCCCAAAUCCCUCCCGGCCCUCCGUGCCUCAGUUUCCCUUGCUCUAGACCCAUUUUUCUCCCCCCACAACCCCCCCAAAUCCCUCCCGGCCCUCCGUGCCUCAGUUUCCCUUGCUCUAACCCUAUUUUUCUCCCCCCACAACCACAGCCUCUCCACCGCCCCAAACCCCCCCUGCCCCGGCGUGGGGGGAGGGCCCCCCCCCCCCCCGCCAUGUCCUGCCCGUCCCCGCCGCCCCCGGAGUGCCCGGCCGAGGUGACGCCGUCGUCGCCGUCGUCGCCGUCGUCGCCGCGCCGCUACACGCUGUCCGAGCACCCGGCGGCCGCGCUGGCCGCCAUGAACCAGCUGCGCCUCGAGGGCCACCUGUGCGACGUGACCCUGCGCGUGCGGCACCGCCGCGACGUGCCCGCCACCGAGCUGCGGGCGCACCGCGUGGUGCUGGCGGCCGCCAGCCCCGUCUUCCGCGCCAUGUUCACGGCCGGGCUGCGCGAGCGCGGCCUGGCCGAGGUGCCCAUCGAGGGCGUGCAGCCGCGGGCCAUGGAGCGCCUGGUGGAGUUCGCCUACACGGCGGCCGUGGCCGUGGGCGAGCGCUGCGUGCUGCCGCUGCUGCACGGCGCCCUCAUGUACCAGGUGGACGCCGUGGUGCGCGCCUGCUGCGCCUUCCUCGGGGGGCAGCUGCACCCCAGCAACGCCAUCGGCAUCGCCGCGCUGGCCGAGCGCCUGGGCUGCCUGGAGCUGCAGCAGAAGGCCCGCGAGUACAUCUACAUGAACUUCGCUGAGGUCUCCAAGCAGGAGGAGUUCCUCUCGCUCUCCCACUGCCAGCUGGCCACGCUGGUCAGCCGCGACGAGCUGAACGUGCGCUGCGAGUCCGAGGUGUUCCAGGCCUGCGUGGCCUGGGUGCAGCAGGACCGGGGGGCGCGGGCGCCGUUCCUGCCGGCGCUGCUGCGCGCCGUGCGCUGCCACGCGCUGACGCCGCGCUUCCUGCGCGCCCAGCUGCGCCGCCGCCGCGACCUGGGCCGCGACGCCCUGCGCUACCUGGCCCGCGUCUUCCGCGACCUGGCCCUGCACAGGCCCUCCGGGGACCCCCCCGGCAGGACCCCCAAGGUGCGGCAGCUGAUCUACGCGGCCGGGGGGUACCUGCGGCGCUCGCUGAGCACGCUGGAGGCCUUCGACCCCGAGCGCGGCUCCUGGCUGCGGCUGGCGGCGCUGGAGACGCCGCGCUCGGGGCUGGGGGGCUGCGCCGUCGGGGGGCUCUUCUACGCCGUGGGGGGCAGGAACAACUCGCCCGAGGGCAACACGGACUCGGCGGCCGUGGACUGCUACAACCCCGUCAGCGGGCGGUGGUCGCCCUGCGCCCCCAUGAGCGUGCCCCGCAACCGCAUCGGGGUGGGCGUCAUCGACGGGCUCAUCUACGCCGUGGGGGGGUCCCACGGCUGCACCCACCACUGCUCGGUGGAGAGGUACGAGCCCGAGCGGGACGAGUGGGCGCAGGUGGCGCCCAUGGGGACGCGGCGCAUCGGGCUGGGGGUGGCGGUGCUCAACCGCCUCCUCUACGCCGUGGGCGGCUUCGACGGCAGCGCCCGCCUGCGCUCGGCCGAGCGCUACCACCCCGAGAGGGACCGCUGGCAGCCCAUCCCCCCCAUGGCCACCGUCCGCAGCGGCGCAGGGGUGUGUGCCCUCGGGAACUGCCUGUACGCCCUGGGGGGCUACGACGGCACGCAGCAGCUCAGCAGCGCCGAGCGCUUCCGGGCCGACACCGAGACCUGGAGCUUCGUGGCGCCCAUGGGGCACCGGCGCAGCGCCCUGGGGGUCACGGCCUUCCGCGGCAGGAUCUACGUGCUGGGGGGCUACGACGGCCACUCCUUCCUGGAGUCGGUGGAGUGCUACGACCCCGCGGCCGACGCCUGGACCGAGGUGACGCCGAUGCCGUCGGGGCGCAGCGGGCUGGGGGUGGCUGUCACCAUGGAGCCCUGCCACCCCGAGGAGGAGCCCCCCGCCCCCGAGGAGGAGCCCCCCGCCCCCGAGGAGGAGCCCCCCCCGGCCGGGCCCUGCUGACCCCGGCGCCGCCGGGGGGGGGGGGGGGGCGGGGAGGGGGGCUCCGGGUGCAGCCCCGCACCCGAAAUUCCGGAUUUUUCCCGACCCAUCCCCCACCGGCGGCGGAUUGAGGGGUGCGGGGGGGGGGGGGGCCGUGCUACCCAGACCCCCCCCCCCCGCCAAAAAAAAAAAAAAAAAAGGUCACAGGACUUUUCCCCCCCCCAGCUUUUGGGGCUGGGGGCGAUUUUGCCGAUUCCCGGACGCAGGAAUAAAGCGAUUUGUGAUUUAA